AUGGAAGCUGAGAUCAGAGCCCAGAUCCCUGGCAUCGACCCCGUCCUUUCGGACUACUCGGUUGGCUAUCUGACCCAUGCUGCCAACUCCUUCACCUCGGACGCGGACCCAAAUGGCCCUUCGCCGCUUGAGGAAGCCGCUGCCAGCAUCACUGCCCUGCUCCUUUCCGCUUCGGGUGAUCUCAGUGAGCAGAAUGAGACCACCAUCCACAACCUCGUGGACAAGUUCAUAUCGCGCCUCAAUGCCCAGAACGGCACUGACGGCGAGCGCCGCCAGAUGGCCCCGUCCGCCCGGAAGCUGGACCAAGCCAUCCACAUGGGCUCGCGGACGCACAUGUCCACCACCCUUGGGCUGACAGGCGGCGGCGUUGAUCUUGAGUCUGCCAACGCCCGCAAAGUAGAAUCCAGGGUCGACCGUAAGAAGCUUGAAAAAGCCGAGCGCAAGCUCAAAGCCAAGCAGGACCGCAAGGUCUUCAAGAAUGUCGAGUAUGAAGCCUCUAAGCUGCUCAAUCAGCCAGACGAGACCCAGAGCUAUGAGGACUUCUACAUGCAGGUCAACCCGUUAAUGUUGGGUUCUGAAGCUAGCACGAAGAGCAAGGACAUCAAGAUUGACAGCUUUGACAUCUCCAUCAAUGGCCUGCGUAUCUUGUCAGAUACAUCUCUCACCCUCGCCUAUGGUCGUAGGUAUGGUCUAGUUGGUCAGAACGGUAUCGGAAAAUCCACGCUCCUGAGGGCUUUGAGUCGCCGUGAGGUGGCAAUUCCGACCCAUAUUUCGAUUCUUCACGUUGAGCAAGAGAUCCUUGGUGAUGACACCCCGGCACUGCAAGCCGUUUUAGAUGCUGACGUUUGGCGCAAGCAUCUGCUCAAGGAGCAAGAUAAAAUUACCAAAGAGCUAGCUGACCUGGAAGCGGAGCGUGCCACCUUGGCAGACACAUCAGCCGAUGCCGCCUCGCUGGACAAGCAGCGAGAAGGUCUCGACCAAACUCUCAGCGACAUUCACGGUAAGCUCGCUGAGAUGGAAUCUGACAAGGCCGAAUCUCGAGCAGCCAGUAUUUUGGCCGGUCUGGGUUUCUCUACAGAGCGUCAACAAUUCGCUACCAAGACAUUCUCCGGUGGUUGGAGGAUGAGAUUGGCUCUUGCACGAGCAUUGUUCUGUGAGCCUGAUCUGCUAUUGCUGGACGAACCGUCCAACAUGUUGGACGUCCCAUCUAUUACGUUCUUAGCGAACUACCUCCAGGGGUAUCCGAGCACUGUUUUGGUAGUAUCUCACGACAGGGCAUUCCUGAAUGAGGUAGCCACCGACAUCAUCCAUCAACAUUCCGAACGACUCGAUUACUACAAGGGCGCUAACUUCGAAUCGUUCUACGCCACCAAGGAGGAACGACGCAAGACUGCUAAGCGAGAAUACGAGAAGCAAAUGGAAGUGCGCGCGCAUCUGCAAGCCUUCAUCGACAAAUUCAGGUACAAUGCUGCGAAGUCGUCAGAAGCACAGUCGAGAAUUAAGAAGCUGGAGAAGAUGCCGGUGCUGCAAGCUCCGGAAGCUGAAUACAGCGUGCACUUCAAGUUCCCCGAAGUAGAGAAGUUGUCUCCCCCCAUCAUCCAGAUGAGUGGUGUCACCUUCGGCUACAGUCCAGACAAGAUUUUGCUCAAAAAUGUCGACCUUGACGUACAGCUUGACUCCCGGAUUGGUAUUGUCGGUCCGAACGGUGCAGGUAAAACAACAGCGCUGAAGCUGCUGAUCGGUGCUCUUUCGCCGACGACAGGUUUGAUAUCACAAAACCCUCGUCUUCGCGUGGGCUUCUUCGCGCAACAUCACGUAGACGCCUUGGACCUCAACGACAGCGCGGUUGGCUUCAUGUCGAAAAAGUUCCACGGCAAGACGGACGAGGAGUACCGGCGCCACCUGGGCGCUUUCGGUAUCACGGGUAUGACGGGUCUGCAGAAAAUGGAACUGCUAUCUGGAGGCCAGAAGUCUCGUGUUGCCUUUGCAUGUUUGUCUCUGCAGAAUCCGCACAUCCUCGUGCUCGACGAACCGUCGAAUCAUCUGGAUAUCGAAGCCAUGGACGCUCUCUCAGAGGCGCUGCAGAAGUUUGAGGGCGGUGUGCUGAUGGUCAGUCACGACGUCACCAUGUUGCAGAACGUGUGUACAAGCCUGUGGGUGUGUGACAACGGCACGAUCGAGCACUUCGAUGGCACGGUCAAGGACUACAAGAAGAGGAUUACUGCGCAAGCCAACGAAGCGGGCGUGGCUUUCGAUACCCACGGCUUGUCCGUAGUCACUCCUUUGCCUCACCAAUCCUGCGACAGCAGCCACGCGCGCCCACCUUACACGGCCACUGCCCCCGCAGAAGACCCACGAACUCUCGCUACCGCCGGUGGAUCUCCCUGCCCGCCUCCCUUAUACUUUCCGCCCGAACACGGCAACGAGGAUCCCCACAAGGACUGCGACGAAGACGACAACGAUUCGCCGCCAGCGUUCACUGCUGCCCCGCCUUUUAGUUUUACCGAGUCUUCAUCCUCUGCAACUGCUUCGGCCGAGACCAAGGCCGCGCUUCCACGCGACACAAAAGACGGGUCCAGUAGCAAGGACAUCGACGACGGCGAACCGCCACCACCGUACAGCGAAGGAUACAGUCCACUUGAAUCGUUCACAUACGUCAUGGCGUCUGCAGGAGGUCCCGCAAGCAUCAUCACGCAGGUGUCGCAGCAGAGCGCUGGCCCACCAAUAAACACGCUCGGUGGAUCCGAUGAGAACAUCACGCUCGAGCUGAGGGGAUCGCGCUUCACCCUCUCCCGUGACGAGCUCCUUACCCUCCCAGAAUUUGUUCUACUUUCGCUCUUUCCCAACGGACUGCUCCCCGAUGGCCACAUGAAUCAGUAUCACGACGGUGAUGUAUACCCGGUCGAUGUUGGUGCCCCCGACUUCUCUUCUCCUCCCAACGUCCGCUUCAACUCAGUUCAAGCGAUCCGUUACCAUCUCUCCAACCCCGCAUUAUACGUAUCUGACAAUCUCUACUCUUCUCAGUAUGAUCCCAACUCACUGCAAUACAUGCUGGAGUUCUUCCGCACUGUAGCCCAGACUAUCCCCGCCUCGCCCCCUUCUCCUUCCGCCGUCCCAGAUCACCCGACCGAAGCGCAUGCCAUUGAGCCCAUGCAUGGUUCAGCACGAGACAUGCUGCAGGACCGUGCGGGCAUCAUUGUGCUUCGAGAAGAUUUAGAUUUCUACGUGAUCCCGCCCCACCGCGACAUUUCUCAUCCCGACAUGAUCGAAGUAAAACGGGCCGCCGGCGAAGCCCUUCUCAAGCAAGACGGUAUCUUCUCCGGUCUGCGGAAGAGCGAGGAGCCUGGUACGACUGAGCAGCACCUAAUCGAGAUGCUGACUGCAGGCGGCUUCAACCACGACGACCGAUGGGGCCACCGUGCUGGAGAGCCCAACAAGGCUGUGAUAUGCAGCAUCGCACUAGCCCGUCUUCGCACCGACAUCAAGGGCAACGACCUGGCCAACAGCAACGCGGUGGGUAUGGCCCAGAAGCUACUCCUCUUCUGGAGGAAGCCUGCCCGGCGGUGCUGGUGGGAGGGCGUCGAGCUUGACAACGUUAGGGGCGUAGAGGGCAAGCUCAAGGUGUGGAUCAGGAGGGUUUGGACGCUGGAAAUGAGCGUCAUCGGACUGCGCUGA